AUGGAUCUCAUCUUCAUUGAUGAAAAGGGUGCUAAGAUUCAAGCAGGUAUUAAGAUUCAUUUGAUACCUAUUUUUGAUGGACACCUUCAAGAAGAUGCUGUUGUGAUUCUGUCGAAAUUUGGUGUUGGUGAGAAUAAAGAUUUAUAUAAAGUAGUAGUGGAGCCUUAUAAAAUCAACUUUUAUAGAUGCACAACUGUUACUCCUGUAAGAUAUUGGCAAGAUGUUGAGUAUGGUUUCAACUUUAGAGCUUAUGAAGAUAUUCUUCAAGGAGAGGCGUUAAACGCUUUGAGUGUUGAUGUUGUUGGAUCUGUGAUUUGUUGUGGAGAUCUUGAAAUUUUUGAUCGACCUCCAAAGGAGACUAAGAAGAUGAAUUUCGAUAUUGAAGACUUGGAGGGUAAGGUUUUGCGGUGUACUGUGUGGAAUAAUUAUGCUCUGCAGAUUAAGGACUUCAUUUCUAAAAUCCCACCUCAUGAGCAUGUGAUGGCUGUUAUACAGCAUGGAAAGUGUGAAUAUAUUGUUCAAAGUGAUAAGUUUGCAACACGAAUUUUUCUGAAUGAAGAAAUUGAUGAAGUUAAUGAGCUAAAGAGGAGGCUUAUACUGAAGUUUGGACAAGGGAGUGGUUCUACUUCUCAAACAAUACUAUCAUCUCAGAGUGUUUUUCCAUUGCAUAAAGAAUUUGUAACUGAUGGUGUGAAGAUACAUGUUGAUGAGAUUAGUGAGAUAGAAAAGGAAAUGUCUUGUGUUGUGGUUGCGACAAUUAAGAUUGUGCAAGAAGAGUAUGGUUGGUUUUAUGCUGCCUGUCGUAAGUUUCUCAAGAAGGUGAUGGAUAAAAGUGAAUACUUGCAGAAUGUUGAAAAUGUUUCAGAUGAUAUUGUUCGAUUGCCUGCGACUUCUUUGGUUUGUCCCAAAUGUCAUAGUGAAUGUACAUCGAUCACCACAAAGUUCAAGGUGCAAGUCCGGGUGCAGGAUGAGAGUGGUAGUUUUUCUUUUGUUAUGUUUGAUAGAGAUGUUCAGAAGCUUCUUGGAUUAGCAGCGAGUGACAUAAGAGAGAGGCAGAAGGCUGCUUUUAAGAUUGAUGUUUCAGAGUUCAAUCUUAAAAAUGACUAUCGUGUUUAUACUGUGCAAAAAACAUGUGAUGAUCCAGUAAUAAUCGUUGAGUUGGUUGGUGGAGAUGGUAAUGGUGAUGAAAAUACUGAUGAGGUUACUCAAGAGGUAGCUGAUGUUAAAGAUGUUAACCUUUCAGAAUCUUCCCAGGUGUCUGCUGAACGAACUUCAAGGGAUGUUGUCUCUGUUACGGCCGACUCUUCAGCCGUUGAAGUUGAAAAGGAUUCUGGAUCAAGUCCCAAUGCAAAGCGGAUGGCUCAAGAUGCUGAUGGUGUCAAUGUUGGUGAGCUAUCCACUAAUUUGAGAAGAACCCGGAAGAAGCUGACUAGGGUUAACAAUUAG